AUGAAUGAAAGAGAGUCUAUUAAAGCCUACGCUCACUCUAUUAAAAAACUCAAAAAUGAGUGUACUGAUAAAGGUAUCAAUGAAGAUGAAUUUAGAAAACUGUAUUUUGAGUCUUUAAAAUCAAUAGAAGAAAAAGAUAUUAUGGUUAAAUCACAUAGCCGUCAAAGUUUCUUUACAAAGCGAAAAUUUCUGUUAAUUCUUCUUCUUAUCCUUACAAUAUACAGUAUUAAAUAUAUAUGCUGUAAUAUUUUAUGUAACCUUCAAGAGCUUAUAUAUCCCGGACUUAGGCUGAUUAGACAAAUAUCCAUUCCCUUUAUAUCGCUUUUUCCUGCAUUAACCGAAUUGUAUCAGGAACCAUGCCUAAUACAAAACCCUUUCUACACUAUUAUAGACAUGGACUGUUGGCCUUGCAGUACCGUCAACAAUGUUCAUCAAAUUUAUGACCCUCAGCCACUUCACCAACAGCAUGCUGCACCUUUUAUUUAUGAGACUGACCAAGAGCAAGUAGAUAUGAAAAAAUUAAGAAAUUUAUAUUUUCGGAACAAGGAACUGUUUGACAAAGAAUCAUCCAAAAUUGUUAUGAAUAACAAAUUCCAUUUGGCGCCAUCGAAUCUUUUUCAAAAUCAGCAAGAUAUAGAAGAUACGAAUUUAUAUAUCUGGAAAAUAAAUAAUCUAAACUUGGCAAGAAUAUUACGGCAAUUAAUACCAAGAGCAAAAGUUGUGCCGAAAUUUGGACAAAGUACUGAAAGAUUCAUCAUUAUUGAUUCAAGUCACAAUGACUUUAGCAUUCCAGAUACAGAAUGUAACUUUGCUUUCCUAUUGGUCCUAAGUGGAACCAGGACAGUUAUUCUGAAUCCAGCAGAAGAAUGCAAACACCAGUGUAAAUCAACACAGGUUGAUUUAAAAGAAUCCUAUUUAUUGUGGUAUAAUUGGUGGUAUUGGAGACCAGUAGUUCAACAAUCAAAUGGGAAUUCAACUUUUGUUGCACAUGUGGGCUCUUAUUGUUAG